AUGAAGGUACUUAUCAUAGCAGCCGUACUGAUUUGCAUUGUAGCUGCUGUACACAGAACUCAGUUGACAAAAAUUGAAAGUAAACGAAAAAAACUUUUUAAAAAAGGUUUAUGGUCCAAACAUCUUAAAAAGAAGAAUCAUUUUCGUGCUACUCGAUCACGAACAAAAAUAGGAGAAAGAGUUUACGAUUACGAUGAUAUGGAAUAUGUUGCAAACAUAUCGCUUGGCUCACCUAUUGGACAACAAACAUUUCUAGUUGUAUUAGAUACAGGAUCAUCAAAUGUUUGGAUUCCAGAAGUUAAUUGUGUCGCAGAUGAUUGCUUACAAAAAAAUCGUUUCAAUUCAUCACUUUCAAAAACUUAUCAAGAAGAUGGUCGUACCUGGUCUAUACUAUAUGGUGAUGGAUCAAAUGCGCAGGGAUUAUUGGGAAAAGAUUAUUUUGCUUUUGGACCAACUAUGAAAGAUUCAUUAGUAAUACCAAAUAUAACAUUUGGUAUGGCUCGAAAAUUAAGUGGGUUUAAAGAUGAUCCAGUGGAUGGCAUUGUUGGCUUAGCAUUUGCAUCAAUUGCUGUAGAUGGUGUCACACCACCAUUAAUUGCUGCAAUUAAUCAAAGUAUUAUGAAGUUGCCACUUUUUACCGUAUGGUUAGAUCGUCGAGGUGCAAAAGAAAAUGUUUUUGGUGGUGUCUUCUCAUACGGUGCUAUAGAUGAUUUAAAUUGUGAUAAAGUUAUUGAUUAUGAACCCUUAUCAUCAGCAACAUUCUGGCAAUUUCGUUUACGUGGUGUUAAAGCUGGCCAAUAUUCCAUUACUGGUACUUGGGAAGCAAUAUCGGAUACUGGGACAUCGUUAAUUGCUGGGCCAAAAAGUGUUAUUAAUCAGUUGGGUGCAGCUGUUAAAGCAAAAUACAAUCAAAAUGAAGAAAUGUUCUUUUUAAAAUGUGAUUCUAAGCCACCACCAGUGACAUUAAUUAUUGGUUCACAUGAAUAUAAUGUACAAUCAGAAAAUUAUAUUGUUAUGGUUGAAAAUAAUACCUGCAUUUUUUCAUUCUUUCCAAUGGAAGGUAAUGGCUUUGGUCCAACAUGGAUAUUUGGUGACCCAUUUAUUCGACAAUAUUGUCAAAUUUAUGAUAUUGGAAAUGAACGAAUUGGUUUUGCAUUAGCAAAAUAA